UAAUGAACUCACCGAAUCACAGAGAGAGCACGAUGGGCACAAGUGUAAGGGAAUUUUUCAUAAUUUUGGCUCUUGCCGGCCACAUUGCAGCCAACUCUGUUCCGCUAACCUGUGCGGUUGCUGAAGAAGCAAAAAUAAAUGUUGGUGGAAAAGAGGUGCUGAUCGAAGCCAUCACAGAGCCGGUGAUUUUUGGCGAAGGUCCGCACUGGUCGCCAAGUCACAACUGCCUUUACUUCAUUGACAUUGAUGCGGGAAUUGUGCUUAAGUACAAUGCUACCGACGGCUCUUUCGCUCGAAUUUUCAUUCCACCAGGAGAUAACCCUGUCACCUUCAUCAUCCCGACAAUCGAAAAUGAAAACGAAUUCGCCAUCAGCAGGCGCCGAGAAGUGUUGGUGGUGGGCAUCGACGAUCUCAACAUAGCGACAAUAUUGCGCUCUGUGGCGACAGUGGAGCCAAAUCUGCCAGAUAAUCGCUUCAACGAGGCCAGGGCUGACACGAGAGCAAGACUCUGGGCAGGAACUUUGGGACCUGAAGGCCCCAACGGUGAGCUACCCGCAGGCGCUGGCUCUCUUUACAGGCUGAAUGACGAUGCCACCUUUACUCUGGUCAACUCCAACAUCGACGUUAGCAACGGCAUCGCGUGGAGCCUGGACAACAGCAAAAUGUACUACAUCGACACUGGCACCCUUCGCGUGGACGUGUUUGACUACGACAUCGAAACUGGCACUGCAAGCAACAGAAGACCAUUCUUCGACUACGCGGCGAACAACGUUUCUGGUGUGCCCGACUCAAUGAGCAUUGAUUCCCAAGGAAACCUCUGGGUUGCCUGUUAUGCAGGUUCUCAGGUGAUCCAAAUCAGCGCUGAAAGCGGCCAGGUACUGCAGUCGGUCCAGUUCCCUGUGACUCUAGUCACUUCUGCGGUUUGGGGAGGAGAAAACUUUGACGUUCUCUACGUGACCACCUCCAGGCACAGACUGACCGACGAUGACCUCGCUCUGCAGCCCUUGGCGGGCUCGGUUUUCAGGGUCACUGGUCUAGGAGUCACAGGACUACCAGCCCAGAACGUCAAACUGCCGCCAAUCAUAAGGAGAACGUAAAUUUGCGCAAUUUUGAAAUAAAAGUAGGAUUUUAAAAUGAAAGGAAACUUACUGAUUGUGAUUAAUAAAUACAUUUUAUUCGAUGUAUUGACUUAAUGAAAAUUCAUCCCAAUGC